GUUCUGCCAAGACGUAGUGUUGGUGGUAGUGAACAGUUCGGUGAACUUUUUCAAAGACCCUUCCCAAAGCAAGCCAAAAUGAAGGUGGAAAUCUGCUCAUUCUCUGGUGCUAAAGUAUAUCCUGGAGCUGGAAGACUCUUUGUCCGUGGCGAUAACAAGGUUUUCCGCUUCGUAAACAAGAAGUCUGAAAGCCUCUUCUUGCAACGCAAGAAUCCUCGUCGCUUGUCUUGGACUGUCCUCUACCGUCGUAUGCACAAGAAGGGUCUCUCUGAGGAAUCCGCCAAGAAGCGCUCUCGCCGCACUGUUAAGCAUCAGCGUGGUGUUGUCGGUGCUUCUUUGGAUGUCAUCAAGGAGAAGCGUAACCAACGCCCUGAAGUUCGCGCUGCCGCCCGUGCCUCUGCUGUGAAGCAAGCCAAGGAUAAGAAGGCUACUUCCGAAUCCGAGAAGAAGGCUGGCAAUGCUAAGUCUUCCGCCGGCGCUGCCCGUGGUCAAGCCAUCAAGAAUGCUAAGGCCGCCAAAGCCGCUGCUCAAUAAAAUGAACGCCAGCUUAAUAUAAUAAGAUGUCAUUGUGUACACUUUUAGAAUGCGGACUUUGCCGCAAAGACUUUUAUUAACUUGAAAUGCCCAUAGUAGAAAUAUGUCUAUUCUGCGUAGUUUCACAAAGAUUAUGUGGGUGUUUAGAAUUCUAAUACAACUUUCUAUUACGAAGUAUCCGUAUUUUUCAUGAACUUCACAAUAAACAUCAAUGAUUCACCUAUCACUGAA